AAUGUCAUAUGUCAUCUAAAUAUUUUUGUCGUGAUUUUUCUGGGUGCAGAGUAAUUAAAAGAUUGUUCUUGAAUUCUGUGUAAUAUUCCACAUACCUUAUUUUUCAUCGUUCGCCCUGUUAAUAAUUUUUUUCCCUUCGUUUGUAUUCUUAGUAACAUGACAGUUAAUUAGACUUUAAAUAUAAUCCUGUUUUAUGUAGUAAUAUCCGCAACCAAUCAUGAAAUCUAGUAAAAGACGACUUCAAGCUUUAACCGAGAGUUCAGAUGGACUACCAAACUAUUUAAAAAUGGAAGAUUCAGAAUCAUCAAUUCCACCAGUUUUUAGGUGCCGCCUCCAUGAAUUGUUUUCACAAAUAGAAAAAGAAUUUGAUGUUUUGUACACUGAAAACUUAAACUUACAAGAAAAAAUAGACAUUCUUAGUGAAAAAUUAGAAAGAGAAAGCUAUGUUGGUGACAGACAGAUUGUGGACUAUGUUGAUUUUGAAACAUCAGGAAAAAACUCUAAGGUUAAAUUAUCUCAGAGUAAUUCUCAAAAAGUAAAAACCAGUCACAAACUAAAAGUACAGACCAGCAAGAUUGUGUCUAGCUUCAAAGCCCCCACAUAUAGCUGUCAGCUUAUCAGGGAGUUCACUGGGCAUAAGGAUGGUAUCUGGGACGUAACCACUGCACGUCCCGGACAGGCGUUGAUUGGAACUGCUUCAGCAGAUCACACAGCGUGUGUUUGGAGUGUUGAAUGGGGUAAGUGUCUGCUUCAAUACACCGGCCAUGCUGGAUCUGUGAACUCUAUAAGAUUUCAUCCUACCAGAGACAUAGCACUUACAAGCAGCGGUGACAACACCGCACAUGUUUGGCAGGCGGCUGUGAAUUGGGAUCUGCCGCGUGGUCAGUCGUCCGAAGAAGAAUUAGACGGUGGUGGCGAGGAAAGCUUAGGAGAAAGCGAUAGACCAGAAGUAUUAAGGACUCCGUUGACUGAGCUCAGUGGUCAUAUGGGAGUGGUUGUCGCAGCUGAUUGGCUGACAGGAGGCGAUCACGUCAUCACCGCAUCCUGGGAUAGGACGGCUAAUCUGUAUGACGUCGAAACCGGAGACUGCUUGCAAAUAUUGACAGGUCAUGACCAUGAACUGACACAUGCGUCAUCUCACCAUAGCUCCCGUCUCGUGGUGACGGCUUCCCGUGACACCACCUUCAGACUGUGGGAUUUUCGUGAACCGAUUCACUCCGUGUCCGUUUUCCAAGGGCAUACUGAGAGCGUUACUUCAGCGGUUUUCACAAGGGAGGACAAGGUUGUUUCCGGUUCCGACGAUAGAUCUGUGAAGGUUUGGGAUGUUCGUAACAUGCGUUCAGCUCUGGCCACCAUACGUUCAGAUUCAUCAGUGAACCGCGUCUCUGUGAGCUCGGGUGGUCUGAUAGCGAUACCCCACGACAACCGACAGGUGCGACUGUUUGACCUUCAGGGUCAAAGACUGGCCAGGCUGCCGAGGUCGAGUAGACAGGGUCAUCGUCGCAUGGUGACCUCAGUGUCAUGGGUUGAGGAUGUCGCUUCCAAUAUGAAUUUCUUCAGCUGUGGCUUUGACCGUCGCAUACUGGGCUGGUCCAUACAGCCAUCUAAGGACAACUGAAUCUACAACACAUUGAUUGCAUUAUGAAGUCUCUUCUAUAAUUUUUUAAGGUGAUUAUCCUGUUAUAAUUACUUAUUGCUGAUUUUCCAAGGAUUUUUUUUUUUUUGUAUUAACAUAACAUAACACUCAAACGGUAAAAAGUAUUUAUUUGCAAAUAAUUUUCUCUAUUUGAUUAAAUUUCUACAAUCAAGUCUUAAAUAUGUGCCUCAAUAAUGAAUCAAUGUUUAUGUGUCUAAAACUGCUUAUAUCUGAUAACUUUGCUAAAUAAAUUUAAAUCUUAGUAACCCUUGAUUUUAAUGAACAAGUGUUAAGAAAAUUUUAAUUAUAAUAUUAUAAAGAUUAGUUUGCAUCGUCCUUUUCCUUUUCCUUUUAAUUAAAUCUGUAUAGAUGAAGUGAGAAAUAUGUUGUUACUUAUAUGUGAUAAAAUUAUAUAGUAUUUUCUUGUUCAAUAUUGUGUCAACUUUACGGUUGGAUCAAAGAGAGUCAGUGCCCUCUUGGAAAGAAAAAUUGAACACUCUUUUGGAUCAGUUUUAAUCAGCUUGUUAAAAAUAGACUAUAUUUCGUUUUUGUGAAAUGUAUGACAAAAAAAUAUUUUAAAAAUAUAUUGCUUCUUCAAAUAAAGACUCCUUUUAGGGCUACCAAUUCUCUAUAACCCAAAGCUUAACAAAUGUUAAAUUAGAAAGAAAGAUUACAAAAAUACUUUAGGGUGUUUAUGACUAACGUUUCGCUAAGACAGACACACAUUUUGCAUAAAAAUAUAUCCUAUAGUAAAACAAGCACAAAGUAUCGCAAGUGAGGCACUGGCUCUCAGUCUUAACUUAAAUUGUUUUAAAUAAGAAUCUUUAUUACGAGUUAAGUAUAAUGUUGUUGGCUUUUAAAUGUUUAUUUUGUAUUUAAGGUAUGUUCCCUCGUAAUCUCUUUGGUCUGGUGUUUGGUUUUAAAUAGUUAUUAGCAUUAAGGUGUGACUAUUGGGUAGCUUAACGUCGCUUGGCAUUAUUAUAAGGUACUUAUGUUAAAAUCUAUACAGCUUCGUUUGUUGAUUACGUUAUAUAAAUUUUCUUAUUACGAUUCAAAAAAAAUAAAUUCUUUCUGCAUUUUCUCAUGUGUUCAACUUCAAACUAUAUAAAUACUACAUAUAUAUAAUGAGAUAUUUUAAUUAAGAACUGUUCUAAAUCAUAUAAUUACAUAUCUUUAGAUUUACCAGUGACACAUUAUAAUAGCAAUAUUCCUAGUCAGAGAAAAUGGAGGUGUUAAAGAAAUUGAGAUUUUUUUUUAUUAUUCAAUCAUAUCCAUUAAAAUACUAAUAUAAAAAAAAUACUGAACUAUAUAAUACCAACAUAAAAAACUGAAUUAUAAUACCAACCUCCACUAGUAACCAAAGAUCGAACUAAAUUCGUCCUUAGAUUAUUUUCAAAUAAAAUAAUUUAUAUUUUUUUUUACUUGUUUAAUUUUAAAAGUUGGAUGUAUUUAAUUAUUAAUUAGCUUGAAAUAAUAAUUAUAUAUUUUUUUCUAACACUAUAUUUUUCUUUUGUACUUAAAACAUUUUAAUCUAUACAUGAAAAUAGAUUGAUAAAAGAUUCCACUCUAGUUUUAGAUCAAUUUUACCCCUGAACUUGUGUAGAUGACAAAAUAAUAUACGUUCUAAAUGUUUAAAAAAAAAAAUAACCAUAUCCGUGUUUGAAGAUUUUGGUGUUGUGUUGCCAAUAUCAUGAUAAAAAUGUAAUUAUGGCAAUCUAUAAACAUGCAUAAUAUGUGAAUGUGUUUAGCUUAAGGUAAUGUAGUUGAAAUAUCCAGUUCUUUAAACGAUCUGCGUAUUUUGUUAUGCCAUGUAUGGUAUGAAAUAUAUUGAUUAAUAUUAA